AUGGGAUUUUGGCCUGGAACUCUUGCCCUCGCGAGUCGCCGCAGCACCGCACCUCCCGCAUCCACCGCACCCGUGUUUUGGGAAAGGACGGAGACGACGGGGGAGGAGCAAGUGGGAUGGAGUAUGGAGUACGUAUCUAUGUACAUACUUAGACGCGGAGACGACGACGCGACGGGAUGGGGGAUGAUUCAGCAGGAAGGACUAAAGGAAAUGGAGUGGUUUACCGGCGGUAUCGUGGGAAGGACCCAAGAGGACCCAAGGCUUGAGAAUGAAGUCAAUUCCCGCUGCAACAUCACAUCGCCCGCCCCGACCGCACUCCACCCACAUCCACAUUUUAUCCACAACCACAAGCCAUCGCUCAUUCACGGACCUCACCGGCACGGACUCUCCUUUGCACUCUCUCUGGUGCGCGGAGAUGCCGCUCACUGCUCCUAUGCUUAUCCAUAUCCAUUACCGUCGGUACCGUGUCACCUCUACAUGCCAGCCAAUACCAUAGCACCAGCUGCUUGCUGCUGCACCAAAGUCUACAUACUACCGUCGAUACAGUCUAGGUGGGACUGUUCAGGACAGGGAAUGCCUUCAAACAAUGCCCAGCAAAGCACCAAGCAUGCAGAAAAACGCAACAAGGCCCAUCCUAUCACCACAUUCCAUCAUACGCCUUCACCCUCACUACAUCAUUCCGACCUGACCAACAAGACCGGGUUCCGCACCCAACCAAAGUUGGUAUUCGACCCCUAG